AUGGAAAUGCGAUCACGGCGGGUAGUCCAACCCAUCGAAAUUCCUUUCCACUGUAAUAACUGCAAGAAAGAUAUCACUAAAGUCACUCGUGUUAAAUGUGAUACGUGCACUGAUUUUGAUUUGUGUUUGGAAUGUUUUAGCGAGGGGAUUGAAAUGCAAGAACAUAAGAAUAACCACCCAUAUCAUAUUGUCAGAAAUAUGCACUACUCAUUACUCACAGAAGACUGGGGAGCGGAUGAAGAACUCUUGUUACUCGAAGCAAUUGAAUAUUGUGGGCUGGGCGAUUGGUUUGGUGUGUCGGAAUAUAUGGGAACAAGGUCGGCUAAAGAAUGCCAAGAACACUACGAAAAAUACUACUUGGAGGCGAGUACACAACCACUGCCAGAUAUUGGGAAGGCAUAUGCGAAUUUACACCCGGAAGUCGUGGGGACGGUUUUGCCAUAUGCAAGAGGAGCAUUCGACACUAGAGCGGAAAAAGAAAAGGAGGCAACGCCAUUCCAUGGCACAGCAAACACUAAACCAACGAAAGAAACACACGAGUGUAACUUUUCAUCGUUCAGAAGGGAAUUUGAGUUUGAAUAUUUUAAUAAUGCGGAGUUGAAUGUGAUGGACUUGAAGUUUGAGGAUAAAGACACGACCGACGAACGCGAGAGCAAAUUGAGAAAACUCGAAAGGUACACGAAAAUGUGUUUAGAAAGAAAGCGCAUUCGAGACAUCGUUAUCAACAACAAUUUAAUCGAUUCAAAAAAAUUGAAAAGUUCAGAACGAAAGCGAAGUAAAGAAGAGGCGGAGAUAUGGGAGAAGUAUCGGUUAUUCAUGAAUGUUUUGGGGAGAGAGGAGUUUGAGAAGUAUGUGCGGACUAUGGUGGAGGAGGAAGAAUGUCGGAAAAAACUCAUUCAAUACAAGUUGUGGAGGAAAGAGGGGUAUCAAAGCCUUGAAGAAGGGAGAGGGGGAACACGAUAUGUUGGAAGAAAAGGCGCAAAAGGUGCAAAGGCAGCACAUAAAGGUGGAAAGAAACCAAUUCAUCGAUAA